GAUCUCAAGCCCAACUGGUGGAGGGAUGUCGUUGGCGAUGACACCCGAUGCUUUCUCACUGGCACCUUCGAGAUGCAGCAUCGUGGCCGUUGACGGUAGUCCGCGGGCCCGGCAAAGGAUUUGGCCAAUGUCUUGUCAGGCGCAACGCAAUGCACAGCUCUGCCACUCAACAAUUGUCGGGAAUGAAGGUGAUCCUUCGAUGCGAUGCCACGGCUGAUGCUGCCGCUGCUGUUGCUGCCGCGGCCAUCACAUCACAUCACAUCCCGUCACUGGCCAGGUACCCUCGCUCCCCCAUUGGACCACGUGUGGCCAGCAGUGAUACCACGUCCGACUAUGCCUCGGAUGCAGCAUCGCAGACCAGGGCCCCGUCCAUUUUGGGUUCAGGCACGAGCAGGACCCUGCGACGUGCAAACUGAACUUUGGGCCCCCGUCGUGGUAAGAAGAGACGAAAUAAUCUUAUGUUCUGUAGACUGCAUCCGUUCGUUGAGGGACGUUCAUCCCUCUUCCGUGGGGGAUGGCCCCAAGGGGUGUCGUGGGUGUGGACGUUGGUGGUGUCGAUGCGGGUGGGAUGCGCUCGGUCAGAGUGGUUGGUGCCGCGGUUCGCGGAGGUGGGAUUCCGGGGAAGAUGGGCUGGUUUCAGAACCGGGAAACUUUUGCGCCUUGCACUCAAGAGUCGAGAACUCCAACCGCGACGCGGGCGACGCGUAUGGUGUGGUGAGGUGAGCUUACACACUUUUGUGUGUACUUUACUAUUUCCAUGGUUCUUUGGGUUGUCACUAACAUUUUACACGAGAUUUUGCGACGGUCUAGCUUUUUUUUACCCCCUUUAACGCGACGACGCGUACG